AAUCAUGUGCUUUGCCGUUCUGCAAUGUGCUUGGCCCAUGGGUCUAGGCGUCCAUGCCAAAACAACACAGCGUUUCGCUCCAGAUCAUGACACCAAGGUGCACGCUAACAUCCUACUGGUGUCAGAGAAUUUAUUUACAAAAGAUGUAGCUGUUGACGACAAACUAUAAAGCACAACUUUCGCGGUGGGCUUACAAGCCUUACCGUUUACGCGCCAUGUAUUCUAUGCUCGGCCGCUUAGAGAAGGCCGCGAGUCAAGAUGACAAGGUGUCGGAGCUGCUGCUCGCCAACGCCGAUGGCGCCCGGCUGGUCGGCGCAGUCGAGCGGGCGCUGGCGCUGCGGGCGGGUGAGCUGUUCGCCGAGCUGGUAGCGCAGCUGACAUCGCUGGAGGUGGAGGGUUGCGGUCCGGACCAGGCGCGGGCGGAGGCGGCUCGUGCAGCCGGCAAUGGCCUGUUUCAGAAGGGGCAGUGGGCGGCCGCAGUGGCGGCGUACACGGAGGCGCUGCGGCAGCAGCAGGCGCUGACGGCCGCCGGCCGCGCCGCCGCCAGUCGCCUGUACAGCAACAGGGCGGCGGCGCUGUUGAAGCUGCAGGCGGCGGCGGCGGCGGGGCAGGCGGCGGCGGCGGCGGCGACAGCGCCUGACUGCCACUGGGCAGCACGCGGUGCUCUGGCGGAUGCGAGGUGUGCGGCGGCCGCUGACCCGGCCUUUGCAAAGGCGCACUACCGUGCGGCAUGUGCGCUGCGGCUGCUAGGGGACCUGCCGGCGGCGGCGGCGGAGUGCGGGCGCGCGGCGAAGCUGAACGCGGCAGGGGCAACUGCCGGGGCGCCAGGGGCGGCCCCGGCGGCGGCGACGGCAGGGGCGGCGGCGGUGGAUGAGGCCACGGCGCUGCUGGCGGAGAUACGACUGGAGCAGCGGCAGCAGCAGCAGCAGCGGCAGGAGGGUCCGUUGUCAGCGGCGGCGGUGGCGGCAGCGGGCCCAGCUGGUGACGGCGAUGCUGGGGGCGGCGAGGGGCCAACCCCAACAGGGCUUACCGCCGCCGGUGGUGGUCACCUCGAGGGAGCGGCGGCGGCGGCGGCGCAGGCGGAGGCGGCGGCGCAGGCGGAGGCGGUGGUGGGUCGGCGCUGGCUGCACCGGGGUGUGGCGGAGGCGCACAGCGCCGCAUUGGGACGACACCUGGUGGUCAGCGGCGCGGCGGCGCCGGCGGAGGCGGAGGCGGGUGGAGUAGACACACUUGCGGCGGCAGCGCCUGCAGCAGCGGAAGCAGCGGUCAGAGGUGCAGCGGAAAAAGUCCAGCAGCCGCAGGAGCAGGUGGGGGCAGUAGGGGCGGCUGGCGGGCUAGCGUCAGGGGGUGUUCCGGCGGCGGCGGACGUGCUGGCGGACUGGCCGCUGGCGGCGGUGCUGUGCAGGCCCUGGCGGCGGCGGAGCCAGCAGCAACAGCAGCAGAAACAGAAUGCGGCGGCGGGGGCAAACGGUGGGACCAGCGAAGUUGUGUUGCGCUGCUGGCAUUGCACGGCUCCGCUGUGCGUCUCCGCGGCCGAGGUGACGGCAGCGACGGCAACCGCCGCCGCCGCCAACAUCUCCACCCAGCAGCGGCACAGCGGCGGCGCCGAGCCGCCUGCCUGCCUGCCGUACCCGUGUGAGUACUGCUACAUGGCCCUGUACUGCUCGCCCGCCUGCCGGGACGCCGACGCCUUCCACGCGCCCGGCGGCGCCGAGUGCGGCCAGCCCUGGGCGGCGGUGCUGCCGGAUGAGGCGCAGCUGGCGGCGCGGCUGGCGCGCCUGGCAGCGGCUACAGAGGCGACAGCGGCGGCGGCUUCUGAGGCGGCGGUCACUGAGGCGGUCGCACGGGUGGAAGGGGCAGGGCCGGGGGCGGGGAUGCCAUCAGGCAUGUCUGAUGGCAGGGGCACUGUUGAGAGCGGCGGCGGCGGCGGCGCUGUGAGUUUCGUGGCGGGGUGCGGCGACGCAGCCGCGUCGCUACGGCGGCUGCUGACGCACGAAGCCCGCCGCCCCCCUGCGGAGCGGCUGCAUGCGGCGGUCCUGGCCGCAGCCACUGCCGCCACCUACCGGGCCGCCUGCCGCACCAGCCUGCAACGCUGGCAGCGCCAACGCCUGUCUACGCCGCCACCGCAACCCCCGCCGGCGGAUGCUCCAUCGUCAGCUCUGCCAGUCACGAGCACCUCGGGCACCAGCACUGGUCACGGACGUGGCGGCGCUGGUGGGAGCACCGGCAGCCCCGACGGCUGCAGCGGCAGUAGCAGUAGCAGCAGCGGCAGUAGCAGCAGCGGCGUCGGCCCGCUGCCCAUGGACUCAACAGCGGAGAGCCGGCGGCGGCGCUGGCUGACGGGCGGCGUGACGGAGUCCGGCGCCGAGCCGCCGGCGCCGGAGGCAGCUGACGUGUACGCCAUGAUGUGGGCUGUAGCAGUGAACGGCAUGGCGGUGCGGCCCGACGCCUACGGCAGUAGCAGCCGCGGCAGCAGCUCCGGGCCGCCGGGGCUGGGGCGGCCCGAGGCGGCGGCGGCGGCGGCGGCGGCGGGUGGGCGUCUGGCUCUGGCGCUGUACCCGCUGGCGGCGCUGGGCCUGAACCACAGCUGUGACCCGUGCCUGGCGCCCAGGUUCCGGCGCGGCCUGCAGCUGGUGUGCCGCGCCCGGCGGCCGCUGCCGCCCGGCGCCGCCCUCACCAUCAGCUACGGACCGCAGGCGGGGAAGGCGCCGCGGCAGGCGCGGCAGGCGGCGCUGCAGGACCAGUACGCCUUCCAAUGCGCCUGCACCGCCUGCGGCGACGGCAAUUGCAGCAGCAGCAAUAUUGGCAGUAGCAGCAGUGGCGGUGGCAGUAGCAGUAGGUGUCUGGAAGCGGCGGUGUGGGGCCUGGCGUGUCCGCGGUGCGCCAGCGCCGCCUUCACCACACCUGCCACCAGGCUGCUGCUACCGGCAGCUGGCAGUAGCAGCAGCAGCGGCGGCAACAGCAUCGACGGCAGUCGCAGCAGCAACGGCAGUAGCGCGCCGGGCGCCCGCCUGCCCUCCGCCGCCCUGCCCGCAAACCCCGACCUGGCGGCUGUGCUCCUGUGCGAUGCAGCAGCAGCUGCAGGCGCCGCCGAGUCGGUGCCCUCAGGCGCACAGCCGGAUGCCACCGCCGCCCGCGCCAGCAGCGCUGCUGGUGCUGGUGCUGGUGCUGGUGCCGGCGGCAGGUGCGCCUGCACCGGCUGCGGCCGCUUCAUCGCGCCGGGCGAGGAGGCGCAGGCGGCGGCGGCACUGGCGGAGGCGGCGCAGCUAGAGGGGGCGGGGCAUGCCGAGCUGGGCCGAGCCUUGGCCGCGUUGCAGCCCGGCAGCGGCGGCGGCGCGGCGGCGCCGGCAGCCGCGGUGGAAGUGGCGGAGGCGGCGCGCACUGGCUGGCGGCGGCUGGCGGGCGCAGCGGAGGCCCGGCGGCGUGUGCUGCCCUGCACCAGCCGCCUGCUGGGGGCGGGACUGCACGCAGCCGCCACGGCGGCGGCCGACGUCCUGGCGGCCGCGGCGGCGGUGGCGGCGGCGUCAGUAACUGGGUCGGCGGCGGUAGCGGAACGCGGCGCCGCCGUAGCUGAGCUGGCGGCUGGUGGUGCCGCCAUGGCGGUUGAGAGUGUGGCGGCGCUGGCGCUGGUGUACGGCUGCUGCAGUACGGAGGUGUUGUACGAGCUGGGGGUGUUGCAGGGGCUGCUGGAGGCGGCGGCGGCGGCGGGCGCGGCGGCGGCGGUGGCAGGGAGGGACGGCAGUGCUAUCAAUGCGGGGGUGAGCGCUGACGGCGAGACCGGAACGGGGGCGGGGGCUGGCAGCGGCGCCGCGGCGGAGCCGUAUGCAGUGCCGCCAGAGGGGCCGACCGCGGUGUUGGCGGCGGCUGAGGCCUGCUGGCACCCGCGCUGCCCGCACUGCGGCACUGCCGGGGGUGCGCACGAGGCAGCGCUGCUGCCGCGGCUGGCAGACACGGCGGCGGCGCUGCGGGCGGACCUGACAGCAGCAGCGGGAGUGGGGGCGGGGGCGGGCGGAUCGCUGGCGGCAGUGCGGCGCCUGCAGAGCUGUGUGCGCUGGCAUGUGCUGGGGGACUAACGAACGGGAGCGAGGGCAGUGUGUGGGCGGAACCGCGGGACUUGUAGUCCAACACCACACGCAGCUCUCAUGCGGCAGUGGCGUGAGGGCGGCGAGGCAGUGGGCAAGUCGUCGAUAUGCAAGCGCACGCCGAAGUGGAAGUCAGGACGGGAUAGUCGAGUUCGCUGGCCACUGUUCUUUGGCUUCGCCAUUUCGCUACUGCUGCUUCGUACUGGGCUACAGGGCUACUGGUACGCUGGUU